AUGCCACCGGUUUCUGGCUCGUUCGUUGGUGCUGGUCAGCAACAGGAACAACAAUCGGCAAAUGUAAAUUAUGGUGGCAAUCCGGGCGUGAUGCUUCAACCACCAAACGGGCAACCACCAUUUCAACAGCAACAGUUCCCUGUUGAACCAUCGAAGCAAUUUAUGCCAAUACCGUCACAAAUGAGCGGCGUAGCUCCUAUCAGUCAAAUGCCGAAUGGACAUCCACGUCAGGUUGAUGAUAUAGCUAAUCACCAGAACAAUACAAAUAGUUAUAGUAAUAGUAUGACUGGAUAUGCUCAACAGUCUCAAUUACCAUCAAGCGCCCAAUCACAAAUGCCAAAAAUACCGAAUAGUUCGGCAGUACAAUAUAUGGUUCAGCAGCAACCUCAACAACAAAACGGUUUCAUACCGACGCCGGGCGCACCUCCUCAGCAAAAUCAAAUGGUGCCUUCAAUACCGACAUCAAACGCGUUUCCAGCGCCACCGAGCACAGGACCGACUCCUACUGCUGUGGCUAGUAGUAGUAGCAGUAGUUUUGCUGCUCCAUCUCCUCCCUCUCCAGCCUCUUUUGCCCCUGUUCCAUCAUCAAUCAGCUCUUCGAGUAUCUCCCAAGGACCGCUUCCUCCCUUUGCAAACACGGCCACAGCCACCAUGGGUGGCUCAGCGAGUAUGCAGCCACCUUAUGGUGGUGCUCCUUUGCCAACAGCUCCAACUACAACCGCCACUUCAGCCCCAAUUACAAGUCAACCAGCUCCUUUAGCAGCACCUCCAACUUCAGCUACAUCAAUGAUGCCUCAUCCAACUGGCAUGCCACCAGUUUGUUCAGCCGCAGGCGCACAACCCUAUGCACAGCAACAAUAUGAACAACCACAAUCGAUUUCAAUGAGUAAUCAAGCAGUCAAUCAAAUGCCAUUUGGUGGUGAUAUGGGGCGAGGUGCAAGUUCGGGCACGGUACCAUCUACAGUGAUGAUGUCAGCAGGUAUAAGUGCACGUCCCACGUAUCCUCUUCAACGGCCAUCAAUGCCGGGCGCUAACGCUGCUCCAAUGGGUGCGAUGGGACCACCACAGAUGCCUGGUGGUAUGCCACCCAGAAUGGGUGCACCGGGGGGAGGAAUUGCGCAAAUGGGAAAUGCGCCACCUCAAAUGGGUGGACCUCCACAAUUUGGAGGUGCGCCACCUCAAAUGGGUGCACCUCCGCAAAUGGGAGGGAUGCCGCCUCAGAUGGGAGGGAUACCACAGAUGGGUGGACCGCCGUUGAUGGGAGGACCUUUGCAAAUGGGUGGACACCAAACACAGAUGGGUGGGCCGCCACAGAUGAUGGGUACGGGUGGAGCAGCGAUGCAACAGCAGCAAAAGUCUCGACUCGAUCCGAAUUUGAUGCCGAGUGCAGUACAAGUAAUCGAUGAGGAUCGCUCGACACGUAGUGGUCCCUUCCCUACUGGUUAUCCAACGGCCGAGAUCCCACCUUUAACAACCACCGAAUUCAUUGCUCAAGAUCAAGGUAACUGCAAUCCAAAAUAUAUGCGCUCAACACUAUACGUAGCACCCGGUUCGUCUGAUAUUCUGAAGAGUUCGCAACUUCCAUUCGCUGUAACCAUUACGCCUUUUGCUUCGCUUCAUCCAAAUGAGAUGCGUCCACCGAUAAUAGAUCUGUUCGAUAUGGGUCCAGUACGUUGCCAUCGUUGCAAGGCUUAUAUGUGUCCAUUUAUGGAGUUUCAAGAUGGUGGUAGACGUUUUAAGUGUCCGUUUUGUUUGGCUUCAACUGCAGUUGAAGAGCAAUAUUUUGCACACUUGGAUCAUACUGGUCGUCGAACGGACAUUCAUCAAAGACUCGAGCAAUGCUACGGCUCAUAUGAAUUCGUGGCGACAAAGCAGUAUUGCAAGAAUGGUGUAAAGCCAAAACCGCCAGCUUUCAUAUUCAUGUUGGACGUUUCGUAUACUGCCGUUCAUUGCGGUCUCGUUUCGGUGUUUUGCAAGCACGUUCGUGAUUUGCUGCAGAAGUUGCCGAGGGAUAUUGGUGAGCAAAGGUCGUCAAUUCGUGUCGGCUUUGCGACUUAUGAUCAGACGAUACAUUUUUAUAAUUUGAAGACGGCUUUGGGGCAACCGCAGAUGUUAGUAGUUAGCGAUAUAAAUGAUGUGUUCGUGCCGUUCAUUGAUGGCUUUUUGGUGAGAAUGGACGAGGCCGAUUCACUUAUUGAGACUUUGUUAGAAGAUAUAGAAGAUCUGUUUGCCGGAACGAGAACAACUGAAACAAUGCUGGGACCUGUUAUCGAGGCUGGUUUAGAUGCUUUAAAGGCAGCAGACUGCGCAGGAAAGCUGUUCAUCUUCCAUACGAAUUUGCCAAUCAUGGAUGCACCCGGAAAGUUGAAGAAUCGUGAUGAUCGAAAAUUGUUGGGCUCUGAUAAGGAGAAGACAGUAUUACAACCUGCAAUUGACUAUUACGGCAAAUUAGGUGAGGAGUGUGUGAAGGCGGGUUGUGCUGUUGAUCUGUUCCUGUUCCCGAAUUCAUUCGUUGAUGUCGCUUCUCUGGCACCAGUUUGCUCGAUUACGGGUGGUUCUCUUUACAAAUAUCAUUAUUUUGAGGAGCACAAAGACGGAAAACGUUUCUUGGCGGAUUUAGCGCACGAUAUUAGUCGUGAAAUUGUAUUUGAUGUGAUGAUGAGGGUUCGAACCUCAACAGGUUUACGACCGACGGGUUUCAUGGGCAACUUUUUUAUGGAUAACAGUACGGAUAUGGAGUUUGGUGUGAUUGACUCAGAUAAGGCAGUUCAUAUUGAGAUUCGUCACGAUGAUCGUCUACCCGAUUCGAACGCUUUUAUUCAAUCUGCAACACUGUUCACGUCGUGUAGUGGUCAGCGUCGUUUGCGAAUUCAUAACAUGGCACUUCCGGUAUCGAGUGAUUUCAAUCAGUUGUAUCGUGUUGCCGAUUCACAUGCUCUCGUUUCGUUUCUCUUCAAACAAGCAGAAUCAAUGGUUCAUGAAAAAACGCCAAAAGAUGUACGAGAGGCUGUUACGGCACGAUGUGCACAAAUAUUGGCCACUUAUCGUGAGAAAUGCAGUGAACAGGCACCGUUAGGACAAUUGAUUCUACCAGAAUGCCUGAAAUUAUUGCCGCUUUACGGGUGUUGUAUUGUACGAAAUGACGCAAUCAGUGGAGGUAGUGAUAUAACGGUGGACGAUCGCGCAUGGAUGAUGCAAUUGGUAGGGUCGUUGCGUGCCGAUGAUGCGAUGUUGAUGUUGUAUCCGAAUGUGGUGCCAAUUUCGGAUUUGGUGCUUGAAAAGUCGACAGAUGAGGUAGUGCUGCCAGCGAGUGUGCGUGCAACGUACGAUAACUUGAACGCAGAGAAGGCAUACUUGAUUUACAAUGGCUUGAUGAUGUUCAUCUGGAUCGGACUCGGUGUACGGCAGCAGUGGGUUCAGGAUGUGUUCGACGCGAAUGCGGUUACGCAUGUCAACACUGAAAAUCAUACGAUACCAGAACGGGAUAAUGCGCAUUCGCGUGCGGUUCGUCGUGUGUUGGAUCGUAUUAAUGAGAAUAAGGCAAGAUGUAUGAAACUGUUCAUAAUCAGACAGCAAGAUGCGCUUGAGGCAUGGAUGAAACGCUUUUUGGUGGAGGAUCGAACAUCAACGACGUAUUCGUACGUCGAUUAUUUGUGUAAUAUUCAUCGCGAGAUCAGAGCUAUUCUUAGUUGA